UCUUUUCUAGUUAAUGUAACCUUCACUUGUCGGGGGUGUUAUAAAUUUUUAAUUUACACUUGUUAAAUAAUAAACUUCCAAAUGGUCAUAAAAAUCUGCCACUAGUAAAAAUAUAAUGUAAAUGAAUAGGUACUUUGGCGAUAGAAUUUUUAUAUAUUGGCACAAUUUUUAUUUGAUUAAUUAUAUUUGAUUAGAUUCAAUAAUGUGAUGACAUUAUUUUCUUCAUCAUAAUUUAUUGCACAGGAAACUUUAAUUGUUUAAUGAAAGUUAUAAUAUACUUUCUUAAACCUGUUUCAACCCAUAACACAACGUACUGUGGACAUGAAAAAGAUCUUAUAGUAUGGCGUACGUCUUUUCAAAUUGAAAUAUCUUUUGAUGAAGCCAAAAAAGUCAACGAAAGUAAUUAUACCAUUUUGUUUUGUAGGUAAGCAUCAGUUAACCGUCAAAACUGAAAUUACCGAAGAUACCAAGAAAAGUAACUUUAGAAAUGAAGUCAAGAAGACAGUUAAUAAGCCUACAAAAACAGAAACUGUUAAAGUUAAAAAGCCUACCAUUAACAUUACUAUGGAUAAAGGGUUAUUUAAAACGAUUAAAAAUCCACGCUCUACUCCAAUUUUUGAAAAAGAUAAACACUGUAACAACUUUGAAGUUGUAUUGGCACACUCUACAGCAACGCCUAUCCGAAAUCAUAACGGGUUUGCCUAUACGUGUAUAUAUUGUACAGAACACUUUAAACAUCCCGCUGAUUUAAAAACUCACACAUUAAUGAAACAUGAUAACAGAGACGAUAGACGUAAGUUCAUGAAGACACAAACCUCAGGUGGUUAUUUACUAAAGCUAGAUAUUACUAUGUUGAAAUGUACCAUAUGUGACACAAACAUUGACACGUUAGAAGGACUAUUUGACCAUUUGCAAAACGAGCACAAAAAGCUCAUCUAUACGGAUAUAAAGAAUCAGAUCGUUCCUUUCAAAUUUGAUGGGGAAGAACUGAAGUGUGCAAUUUGUCCACGAGUCUUCACCACUUACAAAGUUUUGUUAGGUCACAUGCGUAGCCAUUACAGGAAUUAUGUGUGUGAGGUUUGUGACUACGGAUGUUUCAAUCGGAAGUUAAUGUUGACUCAUAAGAAAUCACACAAAACAGGCUCUUUCGAAUGCAACACGUGCAGUAAAGUUUUUGAAACUCUCCAGAAGAUGAGGCAGCAUUCGUAUACAAUCCAUAAAUUUAAAAGCAUGCCGGCCAAAUGUACUGUAUGUAACGAAAGAUUCAAAAGCUUCCCAAUAAAGGAUCAGCAUAUGAUUAGCGUGCAUGGAAUGAAACCAGUGGUUCGGAAAUGUCUAGCCUGUGACAAAGUGUUUCCAACCCAAUUCGCUUUACGGAUACACACAAAGAAAGAUCAUUUAAUGGAAAGGGACUACAAGUGUGAAGAGUGCGAAAUGAAGUUCUUUUCCAAGGAACAGUUGAAAUUCCACAUGUUGAAACACACGGGGCAGAAGGAUUUCCAGUGUGAUGUUUGCUUGAAAUGGUUCACUAGGAAGUAUGUUUUGAGUGAGCAUAUGCGCAUUCAUAUGAACGACAGGCGGUAUAAAUGUCUGCAGUGCGGUCGGGGGUUCGUGCAGAAGUGCAGCUGGAGAGGUCACAUGCGUUCUGUGCAUGGAGAGACUGAUAAUAGCGUGUUGUAUUAAAAGCUAUGAUGGUUUAUACUAGAUGAUGGAUUGAUUCGGCCGCGUGGAUUUAGGUUUUCUAAAUAUCCCGUGGAAACUCUUUGAUUUUCCGGGAUAAAAAGUAGCUUAUGCUAAUCCAGGAUAUUAUCUAACUCUUAUCCAAAUUUCAACUAAAUUCGUUUAGUAGUUUUUGCGUAAAGGGAUAACAAACAUACACACAAACUUUCGCCUUUAUAAUAUUAGUGUGAAGUGUGAUAUAUUUGUAAAAACCCGGUCCAGUGCGAGUCGACACGCACUCUAAGAGUUUUGUCACAUCGUACAAAAAAUCUCAAACCAGUAUGAUUAAAAUUUGCAAGUUAAUGACAGACAGCGCCAUCUUGAUUUAGUUAAACUAAUUUUAUUUGGUCGAGGGGAACCACAAAUUAACGGCUUCGGAUUUUUCCUUUAAUUGUGCUAAAAUACUUUGUAUGAUUCUAGGUCAAUGGACCCUAUAGGUUUUGAUGCUCAUGAAUUGACAGACAUUACAGACAGAGUGACAAACAGAUAGACAUACAAGGAACCAAAAGCUUAAUUACACAGACAACGAAGUGAUCCUGUAAGGGUUCCUUUAUCCUUUUGAGGUACCUACGGAACCCUAAAAAAUGACCUUUUAAAACAUCGUGCGUAAAAUGUUUAUAUAAAGAUAGAGAACAUAAAAACCACAGAAACAAAGUAAUUAAUUUUUAACUUUAUUAAUAUAACUAUAGCAAUUACAUCAUUAUUUUCUUACAUCUAAUCUUAUAUACUACAUUGCGAUCUAUGGAGCCUACUUUGACUUUGACUUAAGACUCAGACUUAAGUUUCUAUUGAAACGAGACAGAUUUAUGCCAGUGAUAUAACACUGUCUCGUUUUAAUAGUGCAAUCUGUAAAGCAAAAGUUCGCUUUACAGAUCUCAAGUCUUAACUUAAUUCUAUUGUCCUCUAAAAUAUUUAAAACUAAACUGCAGACAGGUCUAUAUCUAGUGCUAUCCUUUUCCGCAGGUUGCGUUAUGCAAGGGAUAGCAAUACACUUAGACUGCCAUUUUAGUUAAGUUAUUAUGUACAACAGAAUUAGUCACAAUCAGAGCUGAAUCUUGUGAUAUCCUUUUCUGCAGGGAACAUUAUGAAAGGGACAGAAAUACAUUUAGACCUGUUAUUUCUGUUUAAAGAUUGUCUAUUACAGAAUAAGCCACAGUGAAGUUUUUAGGGUUACUUGUAUACCGAUCUUUUUUUUUCUUCUUCUCUUGUCUGGCUUUACAAAGAUUAGCCAUUGUCAAGUUUGUAGUUAUUUACAAGUUAGGGAAACUAUAUAAGUAUGGACUUCAUCUGUGCCGGCGCU